GUACAUGUAUUCAUGAAGGCAUAUGGCAGGUUUAUGUUGGUGAGCUAUAACAGGGACCUACGUUUGUAUAGUUAAGUCGCUAGCUACAACAUCUCUGUGUUCUCUGUAUCAGGGCCCCAGUACAGCACUCGGGGGAGGAGUCAGUGUCCGGCAUAGAGGCAGUGGGUGGGGUCAUGUUGAUCGUCGCUAUGGCGAUACUCGUCAUGUUGUGCGCAGAGACGGUGCAGCCUGGUGACCCGAUGCCACCCUGGGUCAUGACGAUCCAGCCGGACCCCGCUCUAGACGCCGGAAUACAGGGUAUUUCGGAUGGCCUGACUGUCGUUGACCAUAACACUGUGUUCAGGCAUCGUAAAGGACACUUUGAGGCGGACGGGGCCCAGUGGGGUUGUGCCCUCUCCAAAGGGAAGCACGUAUUCGAGAUCACGUGGCCGAUUCGGUUUCGGGAUGCGUGCGCAAGCGUUGGCGUGGGCACGAAAGAGGCUCCACUUUUCGUGAAACCGCGCGACUCGCUGGUGGGGUGUAACCGACACUCGUGGGGACUGGACAUCUCCAAGUGUAAGGCUCUCCACAAGGGAGAGAUCCUCUGCACCUACCCGAGAGGAAAAUCUGUGCCUAUCAAGUUCUUCAUGUUCGUGGACUGUGACAGCGGCUCCAUCGCCUUCGGUACGGACAGGGUUUACUGGGGUUCCAGCAUCAGCUUCCCGAAAACAGCACUUCCGGUGUACCCCAUGAUGGGCCUAAUCGCUCAGGGGGCGCAGGUCAGCAUGAUCUACAGAGGAACCGGCGGGAGACUAGCCCCUAAUGCUGCUGCAGUCAACCCACUGUUGGUAGAAAUGCUGCCACAGCCUCUGAAGCAUUAGUAUGGAAUAUCAAUCUACAAACAAGCCCGCACUGGACACUACUUCAGAAACGGAAGGCCGGUCAAUUACAAUGAUACUAUGCAUUAACUAUAAACUCAACGCUGAAAAUGGACAUCACAAGGGAAUGAUAAUGAAGUUCUUGUGAUUCAUAAUUAAAUUGUUUUACUAUUACGGAUCAGUGCAGAUGUUUUAUUAUGACACUUUUAGCAGCUGCAUAUUAAACUGUCGCCAAAUAAACAGAUAAGCUAAAUUUAAUAUUCCCCGGAAUGCCCUUGUGUAUGUAUGGACAAGUUAAUUGAACCAUAAUUUAAUAAAUAUAAUCUGUUAACUGAGCAAAACGGUUGACCUAGGCUUUUUUGUCACCUGCUACAAAUUGUGUUUUUAAUCCUGAUGAGCGAUGUGUCAAUGUUUUAUGCAUAUGCAAGUUUUGUGCUUUAAAUGUGUGUUUAUUUUUUAAUCCUUAACGUUAACAUGUGUGCCUAUCCGUGAAAUAAUCGAUACGAAUUUUUUAAUCUUCAAAUUUUUUAACCUAACAAGGAUUUAGUUUUUAUCACGGCCUUUAAAUUGCGCGUCAAACACAACCCGAUUACCGGUCAGUGUUAGGGAGUCUUCACUUAGUUUCGUCAAUAAUCUGUAUAUUUAUCAUUAUACUGACAUAACAUGACAUAACAUGCGAAACGUUGAGUCCAAUACAUCGAUCUAUAAAGUUUAACUCUUUCAGUGCGGGAACCGAAU